GAAGCGUUCCAAGUUGUCAUCAAGAAGCAAGUUGAAUUUCUGAUUGCAAAUGGUGUUGAUCAAAGACUGAAGGAUGUAGUUGGUCAAAUUUGGUUCAAAUAUUUAAGUAAGACUGGAAUAGCAUUUUUAGACUCCAAAGAUGGUGAAGUGACAUUGCCUGGUAAGACAAGCAAAAAAGGAGUCAUUGCCCACAAUACCAGAAUGCUUGGCAAAGAGAAGCCAAGAAAGAGGAAAAAGCAUCCCAUGACAGAAGACGAAUUGUUAGAACUUUGCUCAGAGAUGUCAAAAGAUGUGGAUGAAGAAGAAGACAGUGACUCGUCUGGCGACCCCGACGAUGUACAAAGCUCAUCAUCUGAAAGUGAACUGGAGUUGGAUUUUGUUGGUUCGUAUAAACCAAAGCUUGCAAUUCAACACAGAGGAACAAAUUUAAGGAAAACUAUAGCUUUUACGUAUUUGGGGCUUGUGAUGCUGAAUGAGCCUAUCUUUCUCAGUGAUUUACUAAGGAAACCCAAUGCAAAAGAAAUGAAGCAAGGAAGCAAAUUGUACACUGGUUCCAGAGGUUUGAUGUUUUCUAACAAUAGCGAAGAGGGAAAACAUCAAACUUCUGGAACCAGG